AUGUUCCCGAUGCGAAUCGGUCAGAAGUCAGAGGUCGUGUCGUGUGCUGCCCGGGCCCGAGUGGCGAUCGAAGCGGCAUGCGGGGUCUCGUCGUGCUGGGGGCUGGAAUUGCACUUCGACAAGCCGGAAUCGGGAUUCUUCACCCAAGAGCUCCCUCUCAACGAUGCGACCCUCCUAAAGGUCAAGGACGCGAGUAAAGGACCGAAGGACGACGAGGUGCUGUCGAGCCACCGGUUCACCGUCGUUCAACCGGACGAACCGGCCACGUUGACAGCUUCCUACGGUCCCUUCACCACGAAGCAGACCAUCCCGGCGAAAUACGUGGUACUGAGACCCGAGGACAUGGACCCAGAUAACAGCAGCAAAACCCCGCUUUCCUACAACAAGGAGCCGACCAAUAUCGACAUAUCCGCGCACUUGAUCACGCCGCACGUUUACCGGGACAAUCCCGUGCUCCGAGUCCUGUUUCACACGGGUCGAAGUCUGAUGAGUCUGGAGAAGCAGAGAAGCCCCUGGGUGGAGAAGCUGUGCGUGAAUCUCAUGGCUGCCCCGAAGGAGGAGAGCAAAUCGAUCCCCCUCGCGGCCACGUGUACGCCAGACGUCCAGACGGGGACCUGCCUGGGCGAACUCACCUUGCCCCCGUAUUGGUGGCCCCCGGAGACGGAGAAAGGAACGUCGGGCGGGAACGAGAAACCGUGGAAGAGCCCCAUCCGGGUCUGGUACUCCGUCUACGAAUCCCCCCACACCGGAUGCGAGAAGUUGAUGCCUCGCGUCGUCGUCCAGCCUCUGACCUACCUGGAUGACGUCAUCCUCCUCCCCUGGAAGGGGAAGGUGGAGGAGGUGACCGAGGACGAAAUCUUGAGACUCCUCAUGCCCUCCACGAGUCUCUAUCCCAAGUCACGCGUCUACAUCCCUGUCCUCGUCACCCCCGGCUCCAGCCCGCCUCUCAACUCCUUCACUGUCAGAACCGAAGGAAACCGGAUCGGAGCCCCGGAACUCGAUCCGGUCGGAAAGAGGCUCUUUGAAAUGGAAUCUGUUUGGAUAUGCACAAGCGUGGAUGAGAAUAGAGCUAGGCCCAAGUGGCGGGGGACGGGAAACGUCGUGAGACAAAUCGCCCUGGAGCGCAUGGCGUCGUCGAAGACGUGGUACUUCGACGUGCCGAGUACUUUUGUCCGUGUCCGUACCAAGUACUGCGGUCGUAAAGAGGCUUUACAUCCCGUUGCGGUUCGAGUGAAGAGCGGCUUGAAGGUGCUCGGAGGAGGAGGAAUGAACCCGGAGCAUUGGAACGUGAGCAUGGAGAUCCACCCGAAGGGGACCGUGGGACUGGCCCACGCCCAGCGUCGGUUCGACGUCUCGCCCCAGGAAUCUCUUCGUCGAGGGGUGCACGAGGUGUUCGCAUGGUUGGUGGAAGCCCGAGGAGAGGACGAGGACGGAGACGGCGACACGGGAAGGAUGGUGUGGAGCGUCACGUAUCAUUCCGGUCCCGAUCCCGGGACGGUGGCGGACGCGGGCGACGGCCCCGAUCCGGCUGACGGCGGCGGAGGUCCCGGCUUAGCGGACGCUGACGCGGACUCCCAGGACGGGUUGGGGAAGCGGAGAUUCAUUGCUCAGCUCUCCCUGCAGAAGGACGACGUCCAGAUCCUUCUUCCUAUCGCUCGGAGUUGGGAAUUGGUGAACGUGGGCGUGCUGACCGGAAGGCAGGUGUCCAUGCCGAUGAAGGUGUACCUGGUGUCCCAGGCCGGGAAGGUGGCCGACGUCACCCUCCAGUCCUCCUGCUCCUCUCCCAACGACAGUCACCUCAAGGUUUCGUCAUCCUGCACCUCGGUGUACGUGGACGGGAGCGAGGCGGGUGGAAGCGAGAACGCGACGAUCCGGGUCACGUACGGCACCUACGAGGGCUACGGGCGCUUCCGCGUCUGGAGCCCCCAACUGCCCCUCGUGCUGCUGCCGUCGGAUCCCAGGCUCUCCGUCGUCAAGUCCUGGCGUGCACCUGUCCUCGCCAAGAGGGAUAGGAAGAAGAAGCAGAAGAAGACGGAGAAAAAGAAAGGAGGCUUGGGGGAAAAGGAAACGGAAGAUCUGCUGUCGAAUCGGGUUCUGGGAGACGCUCGUCCCGGGAACGGGGACGAAGACGAGGAGGAUCGGGUCCGGUGCCAGCUGCGAUAUCAGCAGGCCUCCGUCAGGGUUUAUGCCCAGUUCAAGGCUUCGGAUCAGAACUCGGGUCGAGAGACGUAUUUCCUGUCCCGUCAGACCCUGCUGGACGUGACCGACCUGGUGACGGGGCAGCUCAUGCUCACCGACAACCAGAUCGCCUCCCUCGACGGGUCCACCAUCACCGGGCUUCAGUCGGGCACAACCAACAUCCAGGUGAUGAGCCCGAUGACGACGGGGAAAGUCUUGGGCUCCACGGAGAUCCGGAUCGGCAAGGAGAAGGUGUCCAUCGAGGGCCUGGACGCAUCCAUAGUCACCGGACUCAACCUGGACAUCAGAGCGGACCCGAAGCUGGAGAACGGGCACCUGGUGGACACCUUGGAGGGACUUUUGGACAUCCGCUUGCGAUUCUCGGACGGAACGACCCUCCCCAUCGAGGAGGUGGAUCCAGACGAUUACUCUCUGGACGUGGAAACCCUGGCUCCAUCGGUCGUGGCGUAUGCGCCCUCGGUGACGCACACCCACCCGCGGGUCAUCGCCGUGGGGUCGGGGUCGGGGAAGCUCCUCAAGGUGUCCCUGCGCAUGGGGGAGAAGUGCCAGAAGCGAGGGAAGGAGGGGGCCGGACCCGUCCUCGUCUCCGCGCUCGUUGCAGUCCGAAGUCAGAUCCAGGGCAACGAUGGAGACAUCAUCCAGAAUGAUUCUGGGCUCAAAGACGAACAGCGCAACCCGGUUCGAGGAACGAUGGUUCCGAACAAGCCGGACGAAGGGAAGAAGACCUGGUUGAUCGAGCCGAUCUUCAAGCUGAAUCCUACCGGAUCCGGCGAGCCGCAGAUCGUGCCGAGCGGGAACCACGGCCACGGCGGGAUCGGGUCCGUGACCACCCUGGAGGUGGGGAUGUACGUCCUCCUGGCCGUCUUCGUCCUCGCCAUCCUCGUGUUCGUGGCCGCGUGCAUCGUGUACGCGUCGCGCUUCAAGAGGAAGCUUCCCCCGCAUUCCCACGAGGAGACGGUGGCCCUCAACCCCGCCGGACACCAGCAGCAGAUGACGAGCCCCCACGACUGGGUGUACCUCGGGCGUUCCACGUUCGACCGAAGCAGCACCUCCGGGAUGUCCCAGCUGGGGAGCAUCCCCCGCAGCGGCCACCAUCCCCGCAUCACCCCCAAUCCCCUCCCUCCGCCUCCCCCCAUCGACCACUCCCACACCUGCUCCUCCUGGUCCGCUUCCUCUGCGACCAACGCGACCUACAUGGAUGACCCGCCUCGCUCGGUGAACGUCCUGUCGAAUCCUCUCCACGCGGAACAGAACCCCUCCUACCACGAACUCCCUCGUUCCGGUCACCUGAGACGCACCCGGGUUCCUGUCCUCCCGCCCCUCCCGUCGAGCGACCCGAGCGUUCCUCCCCCGGUUCCUCCCCAUCGGGUCAUGGAUGCCGCCACCAACACGACCAUGAACCGCCACGGAGUGAAGGUCCUGCCGGAGCCGUACGUUCAGCACGCCAGACGCGUCCCCGUCGCCCAGAUGAUGAACGCGGACGCUCGUUCCGGAUCCCCUCUCCUGGACGACCUUCCGGAUCCGUCGGCAUUUCCGUCUCCGGGCGGGACGUUUCGGAAGCCGGGCGUACCGCACGACGGGCUGCCGCGACCCACGAUCGAUUCCGACUCGGGUCGUUCCUAUCCCAUGCCCAGCUAUCCGCGUCCCAACGGGACGCUCACCUUCAAAUCUUUCACGAACGGGAUGUCGAAGGAGCAGCUCGUCGAUUACAUCGACGGGUUGAAGGAAUCCGUUGCUUGAGGUCGAGGAGGUGCAGGGGAAUGGAAAGAAGAGGAACGGAGACGCGUCGCAUCUCCGAUGCGCUCGCGAACGGACCCAUUCUCCUAGCAUCACCUGACCGAAACGAAGCACUCUCGAUCGACGAUCCCCAUCGAGGAGUCGGCAGGAUGUCGUCUUCGGAUGGGAUCCGAAUACCUCGUCGAGCAGAAAAGGUUCCAUUCCCGCACUUCCCCGCCUGUAUCUCUCAUAUCGUGAUGCUUUCUCGAAACAUAUGACGAAGACAUACCCCUGUUGCAUUUAUGAAGCCAGCCUGCUAGGCUUUGCGUUGCUUUCUCGUGUAGAAUCUAGCUAGGCCCCUGUAGCGGAUUCUCGCCUCGGAUCCCGCCGAGGGCUCUUGCGUUCGUUAGUGCUCGAGCGGAUCGAGUGCAAUAUCGUCUUUUGCUUCCACUCGCGAUAGAAGCGCAUGAGAUCUGAUGUUUCUCCCCUCGACUUUCGGCAGGAAGCGUCUCGCGUUUCGCAUCUUCACCUUCGUGCAUCGUUCGGAUUCGCCAUUCUAGUCAUCAUUUUUGCAUGUUCGUGUUGCCAUAUAGAUGAUUUUUUUUUUCGUAUUCCCUCGUCGAUGUGGUGAAUUUUCUCCGUCUCCAUCCGAUUCGUGCGUGCGAUCGUGCCGCAAGUCCUUCCCAGACGAAUGUACGUCGGACAGAGGUGUUCGUUUCUCUUUCCCCCUGUGAUAAGUUGAUGCCGAGGACGAUGCCGAUGUUCCUUUUUUUCCGGUUGCACUUGGAUCGAUCCCUCUUCCGUUACGGUCGAGAAAAUAAAGAGAACAUUCUACCUCGUGGCA